AUGUCAGUUUACAUUCAUAAAGCAUAUAUAAGAAAGAAUGAAUGUAUUGGAGAUCAUAAUUAUUUCUAUCAUGAAGGCUAAAACAAAAAAUAAUAGUAAAAGUUAAAUUAGAAAAUUUAAGAAGAAAAUACUUAGAUUGAUUAGUUGCAUAAUACUAUAAAAUAAUAAUAAUAACUGAUUAAUCAAUUAGAAUCUUAAAAUUCAAAUUACAAUCAAACUAUCUUUUAACAGGAACAAUAUAUUUAAUCCCUCUUAAAUCAAUUGUAAUAAUAAGAAAAUUAAUAAGAAAACUAAUAUAAAGAGUUGAUUGAGGAAAAUCAAAAACUAAAAACUAUUCUAAAAUAAAACUAAAUUCAUGAUUAAAAAGAUAAAUUCAUCGAAUAGCAAGAAGUUUUAGUUUAAACAGAACAAUUAGAUGAAGAGAUCUUUUUAAAUAAAUCCUAGUAAAUUGAAAUAUUAAUUUAAAAUAAACAGACUUAGACGGAUUUAAUUACUAAUGAUUUUAUUUCUUCUUAAAAAACUCCAUAAAUUUCUUAACCUAUAAAAUUAGAUGUUAAAACAAUUAGAAUAUAACCUAUAUAUUAUUACUAAACUUGA